AGGCCCCCCUUCCCACGCCCAGUGCGCUGUGGGAUAGUGGCACUAUAAAGUAUAUCCUCUCUCGGAGAAAGAUAAGAAGCCCGAGACAGGAGGGGAUGAAGAUGGCGGACGCCAAGCAAAAAAGGAACGAACAGUUGAAACGGUGGUUAGGGUCGGAGACAGACAUCGAGCCUCCUAUUCUGAAAAAGAAGAAGACGAAGGUGAAGUUCGACGAUGGCGCCGUGUUUUUGGCUGCCUGCUCAAGCGGCGAUACCGAGGAGGUGCUCCGAAUGAUUGACCGGGGUGCUGACAUCAACUACGCCAAUGUAGACGGUCUGACUGCCCUCCACCAGGCGUGCAUAGAUGACAACGUGGACAUGGUGACGUUCCUGGUGGAGCAUGGGGCUGCCAUCAACCAGCCCGACAAUGAGGGCUGGAUCCCCCUCCACGCCGCAGCCUCUUGUGGGUACAUGGACAUAGCAGAGUAUCUGAUUGGCCAGGGAGCCAGCGUGGGGGUGGUGAACAGUGAGGGGGAGACACCACUGGACAUCGCUGAGGAGGAGGCCAUGGAGGAGCUCCUGAAGAAUGAGAUCAACCGACAAGGUGUGGACAUCGAGGCGGCCAGGAAGGAGGAGGAGCGGAUCAUGCUGAGGGACGCCCGGCAGUGGCUCAACAGCGGAACCAUCAACGACGUCCGACACGCCAAGUCCGGGGGGACCGCACUCCACGUCGCCGCCGCCAAGGGAUACGCAGAAGUUUUAAAGCUUUUAAUCCAAGCAGGGUAUGAUGUAAAUAUUAAAGACUUUGACGGCUGGACACCGCUCCACGCUGCUUCACAUUGGGGCAAAGAGGAGGCCUGCAAGAUACUGGUGGAGAACCUGUGUGACAUGGACCUUAUCAAUAAAGUGGGUCAGACAUCUUUUGAUGUUGCAGAUGAAGAUGUCCUUGGCUACUUAGAGGAAUUACAGAAGAAGCAGAAUCUGCUCAAUAGUGAAAAGAAGGAUGUUAAGAAGUCUCCCUUGAUAGAAACGACGACCACUGGGGACAACAAUCAAAAUCUAAAAUCCAUUAAGAGCAAAGAGACCCUCCUCCUGGAGCCCGAGAAGCCCGCCCUGCGCAUCGAGACCCUGGAACCGGAGAAGGUGGACGAGGAAGAGGAGGGCAAGAAGGACCAGGAGUCCAGCUGCUCCAGCGAGGAGGAAGAGGAGGAAGACUCGGAGUCUGAGACUGAAGCCGACAAGAGCAAGACGCCUGUCCCUGUGAGCAACAGUAACGGCACUACUGUGGUGCCAGCGCCGACCAGCGUUACGGUGUCUUCCACCUCCCCAACCAGCCCCACUAACCAGGUGACUCUCACCUCGCCUGUCAAGAAGGUGGCCCAGCAGGUGUCCCCUGCUGGUAAGGUCUCUCCUAAAGAGGUCUCCCCUAAAGAUAAACAGGAGGAUGACAAAACUAAGAAAUCGGACGAGUCCCCGGCGUCGUGGCGCCUGGGGCUGAGGAAGACUGGCAGCUACGGGGCACUGGCGGAGAUCACAGCCACUAAGGAGGCCCAGAAAGAGAAGGACACUGCCGGGGUGAUGCGCUCGGCCUCCAGCCCCCGCCUCUCCUCCUCCCUGGACAACAAGGACAAAGAGAAGGAAAAAGACAAAGGAACCAGACUUGCCUACGUUGCCCCCACCAUCCCCAGGAGACUGGCCAGUACAUCAGACAUUGACGAGAAGGAGAACAGGGACUCUGCUGCUAGUCUGGUACGUAGUGGCUCCUACACCAGGAGACGCUGGGACGAUGAGCUGAAGAACAGUGAAGGAAUCGCUUCCACCAACCGAACAACACCCAGCUAUCAGCGCAGCACGUCCCACACGCUAACGCUAGGGCGGAGCGGCAGCACGCGGGACGUGCCAGCCAAGUCCUCGUCCGCCUCCAGCUUGGACCCUAACACCUGUAACACUAAACCCUGGCAGUCGCCCGCCUCCCACUACCAGUCUUACAGCAUUUACCGCAGUGGUUCCUUUGGCAGGAGGCACGAAGACCUGGGUUCGACCACCUCUUCCUCCACUAGCACUACCACCACCACCUCGUCUGUUACCUCGCCCACCAGCCACCGUGACCGCAGCCUGCUCUCCAGCCUGGGCUCCUCCACCCGCACCGGAUCCUCCAGCCUCACCAGCAGGUACUGGGCAGAGGAAAGUGCGGAGAGGGAAAAGGAGCGGGAGAAGGAGUCUGCUGCAGUCAUCCCUACGAUUAACACUGCUUCUACCACCACCACGUCCACUACUGGCACUAUCAUUGGCUCUGACGGCAGGGAGAGACGCAGGUCCGACACGCGCACAUCGUACCUCACGCCUGUCCGGGAUGAAGAGUCGGAGUCCCAGAGGAAAGCCCGCUCCAGACAGGCUCGACAGUCCAGACGGUCUACCCAGGGUGUGACUCUGACUGACCUCCAAGAGGCAGAGAAGACCAUCGGCAGGAGCCGCCCCAUACGGACCCGGGACGAAGAGAAGGAGAAACAAGACAAGGAGAAGCAGGAGGAGAAGAAGGAGACUGGUGAAACCAAGGAGGACGACUACCGGUCGAGGUACCGCAGCUUCGAAGAGACUUACCAGCGCUACCGUCCCUCCACCACCUCGGCCACCACCCUGAGCACGGCCUCCACCACUUCCUCCAGCUCCCUCAACAGGCCCAACAGUCUGACCGGCAUCACCACCUCCUCCAGCUCCCUCAACAGGCCCAACAGCCUGACCGGCAUCACCUCCUCUUACAGCCGCUCCUCCAGGGACACUGAGAAAGAAUCAGACAAGAAGCAGCAGGAGAAGGAGGGAGAGGAUAAGUCCCAGCCCCGCUCCAUACGGGAUCGCCGGCGGCCCCGUGAGAAGAGACGCUCCACCGGGGUGUCUUUCUGGACCCAAGAUGGGAGUGAUGACAAUGACCCAGACCAGUCGGCGGACUCAGAGGAAGGCAGCAUCAAGGGUGAACCUCAGAGCGACCGACUGUCCAGGAAUGAGAGCAGCACUUCCUCUUCUGACCGCUAUGACCACUUGGGUAGCCGUGGCGAGGGUCGCAGGUCAUUCUCAAGCAGGCUGGACCGAGACGAUAGCACUGACUACAAGAAGCUUUAUGAGCAGAUCCUAGCUGAGAAUGAGAAGCUGAAGGCCCAGUUACGUGACACAGACCUGCAGCUGAAUGACUUGAAGCUUCAGCUGGAGAAAGCCACACAGAGGCAGGAGCGCUUUGCUGACCGGUCGCAGCUUGAGAUGGAGAAAAGGGAAAGAAGAGCUCUAGAAAGGAAGAUCUCUGAUAUGGAGGAGGAACUCAAGACGCUACCAGACUUGAAAGCAGACAACCAGAGACUAAAGGAUGAGAACGGAGCUCUUAUUCGAGUCAUUAGCAAGCUUUCCAAGUAGAACAGACCCCCCCCCCUCCCCCCUCCGCGCCCUCCUCCUGCGCCCGCCCACUCCUCCAUGGCAGUGACUAAUGGACUUGCAACUUUUAGGUAUUAAUUGCAAGAGACAUCAGCAUCGGGAAGACUCCUUCUCCCCUCAGCUUUUCUAUCCCUCUCUCCUCUACCACCACCACAGCGUCCUCCAUGUCCUCCCUCUCUCCAUUAGGUUAUUCUCCACUUCAACCUGUGGCUGCUCUCCAGAUAGAACCACUGAGUUUACAUCAGCAAAGGAUAGGGUUGUGAACAGCAUGUAAAAGCAUUUGCGGGCGGGGAAGCCUCAACUAUUUAACCAAUAAGCCUUAGUUGUACAUAAAACACUUGUAUCGAUCUCUCGGCUGUCACAGAAGAACAGUUAUUUCACACCUGAUUUUAUUUGUGCCACAAACUCUUAUUUGAUCUUUUUGUUUCCAUUUCCUGUUUGUUCCUCGACCUACAUACAAGGGUUGUGCGAUGUGUAGUUGUCCUGUGCGAUGUGUAGUUGUCCUGUUCUUUCUGACCCCCUCUCCCCCUGUUUUUGGAGGCUCUGUCUCACAGCAGAAGACUUCCCAGUGGUACCUCCCGUCUUAGUGCAUGCAACCCACCCCCUCCCCUGACACACACCACACAAGCACAUGCGCACACACCUCUAUCCACGCCACUCACACCCUUUCCAUUUCUGUACCUUUGUGUGUCUCCCUCAGAGGUAAAUGGAAUUAUCGCUUUACAGAACAGGUGGACUUGGUGGAAUGUAAGCUUUCACUGUAUGUGCAAUAUGCAUUUAUUUCUAAUAAAAAUGCUUUAAUGAUGAGUCCAUCACUAGUAGGAUUUUCACUCCUCUUCCAUCUUUCCAUCGCUCACCCCUUUCACUGACCCUCUCCCCCCCUCUUUUCUUUAAGGUUGUAGUGUAGUCGUUGGUUUAUACUCUGUAUUUCUCACUUCGUUUUAGCAGGUACUGAGUGAUGCUGUAUAUACCUGUAUGUAUCGUUUGAGACCAGCACAUGGCAUGCAUUUAUGAUUCCCGUCUGUUACUAUUAAAAAUAUACAAACUCCAGAGGACAAAAAAAGUGUGUUUAACUAUUUUCUUCAUUUAUAGUCUGAAGACAUUGGAUUACAAUAGGGCCUCUCUCUUAAAGGGAAUGGCUGGCAGUGUUCCGUGCUUUUUCUUUCCAGUUUUAAGUGUUCACGGUAUUUAAGAUACGAAUAAUAUAAUUGCUUCUACAUUUCACACAUUGUAUUCAGUAUCUUUGGAUGAGUGCUGUUCAUUUUCUUUUCAGUAGUUUUUUAAGCCGUAGUAUUAGCCAAGGUGUUGUCACUAAAAUAUCUUAGGUAUUGCUAACCCAGUCCUUUUUACAAUGUCUACAUGCACUGUCAAUGCCAUGUGAGGAGUAUUUGAUGUCAGCCACCAUCAAAUAAAGUCCCUGCAUCAAACACAUUUUAUGCAUUUCAGUGGCCUUUUUAAGGAUACUGUAGCAAAGAAAACAAGUUGCUGUAGUUGGCCAACAGUCCAUCUCCUCUUUUGGUUUACAUUUUUUCUGUUUUUCCUUUUUAAAUUUCCCAUCUUGUAAAAUAGGCGUGUGGCUUCAUACAUGUGAGCUGUGCUGUGACUACCAACCACUGAAGAGUUCAUUAAAAAUAAACUUGUACAUUGUAAAGCC